CUAAGUACCCUGAUGAGGAAGUAUCUGACGGUUUACGCGAUUGUCAUGGGCGCGGACUGGUUGCAGGGUCCAUAUGUCUAUUCGCUCUACCAUGAACAGUAUGCUUUUCCCGAACGGAUUGUCGCUGUUCUGUUUGUCACAGGCUUUGUGAGCGCGGGUCUCUCUGCACCUCUUGUUGGGGUAUGGGCAGAUCAAUAUGGCCGACGCCGGUUAUGCCUUACAUUUUGUGUCACGUACUCGCUCACAUGUGGCCUACUUCUUGUUCCCUCCCUGCCUGUCUCGCUUUUGGCCCGUGUCCUCGGCGGCAUCUCAACUUCGAUUUUGUUUUCUGCCUUUGAGAGCUGGCUUGUCUCGGCAAGCUCGAUAGCCGCGCUUCGUAGCGAGGACCUGAGCGCCAUCAUGGGUCGUGCAACGCUCGUCAACGGGUUUGUCGCGGCAGCUGCUGGCCUUUCUUCGAAUCAGCUGGUGGAAUGGAACGGAGGCGGAUACCGCUCACCGUUUAUUGCAAGCGGUAUAUUGCUCGCGUUGGCUUGGGUCGUAAUAAGUUGGACUUGGGGCGAAAAUUAUGGUGAAGGUGGUGGCGCACACGUAUCGACCGACGAUAUUUUCCAGAUUAAACGCUUAGGUGCAGCAUGGAAGAUCGUAGUCGCCGACCCCACGCUACUUGUCCUCGGAUUCACACAGACGAUACUUGAAGGGUCUAUGUACCUCUUCGUUGUCAUCUGGGUUCCUGCGCUUAAGGAAUGCUCAAGCACACCUGAUUCUAUACCUCUCGGUUACGUCUUCUCUGCCUUCAUGAUCUCCAUGAUGCUCGGCUCGCUCCUAUACACAUUCAUCACCUUGCACUGGCACCACCCGCCCCCGUCACACAUGCAGCAUACUUCAACGCUCACGCUGCACGCGAAGCUGAGCUCGCUUGUAUGCGCAGUGUCGGCCAUCGCAUUCGGCGUGAGCGUGAGUGCUGGGCACGUUAUGGGAGAAAAUGGGGAGAUGGUCAAGUUCUGGACAUUCUGCAUGUUCGAGGCGUGCAUAGGGAUGUAUUACCCGGUGCAAGGCAUGCUCCGCGGGUCCCUCAUCGCUAACGAGUACCGCGCCACCCUGUCGGCGCUCUUCCGUGUCCCGCUCAACGUGUUCGUCGUCGUGUCCCUGCUGACGGGCGUAUCGGCG